AUGCCACAACCAAAGUCCCUCCCAAAAGACCGCUACACCCGCCAACGCCUCGCCCGCGCCACCCGUCGGCACCUCGCCUCCCUAACCCCCUCGACCUCGCACCCCCAACAGCAAUCCCUCUUCUUCACCCUGCUCCCAGCAGAAAUUCGAUUCACAAUCUACCAACACGUCCUCUCCCAACAGCACGACCCCACCCGUCCCAUCGACAUCCACUCCAUCUCGCCCCUCUACCGCCCCCUCCACACCUAUCUCACCAAGAUCGACACAUCCUUAUUACUCACAUGCCGCCUCAUCUACAUCGAAGCACACCAAAUCCCGCUCCGCAGCUCCACCCACCACUUCCGCUACCUAGGCUCCACAUCCUGGCUCUACAACGGCGACAUCUGGCUGCACCACACCACCUCCCAGCGCGGCGCCCAACUCUACCACCUCCACGACAACCUCGUCGCCCUGAAACCCUCAAACUUUACUAAAUUCCUACUCAGCCAUCUGCACUGGCGCAGGAUAACCUGGACGAUAUGCGCCUAUCUCCUCCCUCCCCUGCUCGCCGAACUGAAAGAACGCCAGCGCCUCGUCUCGACACUAGCAUCGCUCACCCUCCCGUCUUCAUGCCAAGAAGUUACUCUAGAAUUCGAGACUCGAGAAGAUUUGUUGCCGGAUUGGCCGGGGUUGGAGAGCCAGAUUGAGGCUUGUAGAGUGUUGGGACUGAAGAAGAGGGAUGGGAGUGUGUUGGAGAGGGAUGAUGACAGUGCGGUUGUGUAUACGUGGAGGGGCAGUGGGCAUGCGAGGUGGGGGACGAGUGAGGAUGGGGUGUGGAAGGAGAAGAUGAGGUAUUGUACUACGAGGCUUUGUUGGAGGGCGAGGGUGCCGAGGAGGGAGUAUGCGAGUUAUGAUUUUUUGGAUUGUUUGAAUGUGGAGGGGGAUGGGGAGGGGGUUGUGGAGAGUGUGAGGAGGUUGGGUGGGUAG